AUGGCCCAACGCGUCACUAUUCCUGACGACUGCGUCUACGAGGGAUACGGCAGCCUUUUCCGCGGAGAGUCGGAGGUGGCGCCGCCUCUGCCGGCCUUGGAGGAACGCGACGGCAGUGGUGUUCUCUGUGGCCCUCUCGAGCACGCAGAGGCGCUGCGGCAACUUCGCACUGCCCUCCGCGUCGACGUGCCCCCGCAGCUGAGGGCGCCCACGCCGGAACAGGCGUUCGACGAAUUGCCCUCAGCGCCGGCAAAGCCGUACCUGUUGUUCUGUCCCCCAGCCGCAGCGCCGUUGGGGCCAUUGCCUUCGUCCUCCGCAUCGGGGACACGGCACGAGAUGGAGCGAAUGAAGUCGCAGUGCCGCUUUUUACGCGACUGGUUUAUGUGCCAUGAAACCCCUGGGGAACGCGCGGCGGCGAGGGAGUUUGCACGCACGGCGCAACAUCUCCUGCGGAAGGAGUCGGUGGAUGAGCUGCUGGGUCGCACCGACAGCCUGCUGCAGCAGUUGGAGGACUGGCCCGGUGUGGUGGACAAGGUCCGCUCCCACGCAGUGGGGUGGAAGAGCGACGCCUCGUUGAGGGAGUUGCACGACUUCGCCAGGGAUGUAUUGGAAACAGAUGAGGUUUGCAUGCAACUGGCGAAGUUGACGCGCCGUUUCUCGCUGCUUGCGCCCCUGCUGGAAGAGGCGGCCUUCCGCGCGGCGGCGCUGGAGGAAAUUGGGCAGUGGUCCUCCGAGAGUGUUGUUGCCUCACUGCAGACCCUGCGGGACUCCAUUUGGGGCUGGCAGACGAGGCUGGCUGAGGACCAGCAGAGCGUGUUGGAUAGUUCCCAGUCGCUGCUGGAGCGCCUCAUGGCCGUCCAAAAUAAAAGGAGGGGUGUGUGA